CUCUCCGUGUCACCCGCACAAAGCUUGUUUGAUCCAUCAUACUACCAACAAGCAUUCGAUUCACCUUUUAACAAACCCUCUUCACCAAACAAUGCCCAUCUCGAGUGACCCCGCUGGCAAGCUCGAGGUCGACACCAACAUGUCCAACAACUCGACAACGUCGGCAUCCCCAUCGCCGACCAGUGGGAACCCUCCCGUUGCUGGUGAUGAGUCUGCCGCGACCAUCACAGUGAAUACCCAAGCUCUCGCUGCUCCGGCCAACAACUUCCCUCCACCCAAGACAGAUAAACCCCGUCCUCACGUCUGCGGAACAUGCCAGCGGUCCUUUGCCCGUCUGGAACACCUCAAGCGCCAUGAGCGAUCCCAUACCAAAGAAAAGCCCUUCGAGUGCCCAGACUGUGCAAGAUGCUUUGCCCGAAGAGAUCUGUUGUUGAGGCACCAGCAGAAGCUACACCAGACCACUACCCCGUCGUCGCGUCCUCGCAACCGCCGCGAGAGCACGAGCGCGCCUAUGGCCGGUGGUAAUAACCGGGUUCGCAAGAAUAGCGUAGCUGGCCCUGGCCCCAAUGCUGCCGCCCAAGCAGCAGUCACUGCUGCCAUGCGGCCUCGAGCAAACACCAUUAGUCACGUCGACACUGCGACAAUGCAGUUGAUCGCUGCGGCCAAUGCUCAGGCGGCCAGGGCUAUGCCACCACAACACGGCCGGCAUCCCAGCUUGGCUGGCUUCCCUCACAACAACUUUGAUCAUCACGCUUAUACCGGGAUGGCGAACGCCAUGGUGCAGCGCGGUGUUCCUCACGGACUCCCCAAACUGGAGACCCAUACCAUCAACGGCAUGGACUUCUCUACGGGCUUGAGGACAGCUCCCAUUAUGCCCUUCAACCCAGAGUUCGACUUUGGGGAAGCCUCGAUGCUGUUUAGCCCGGCCUCGACCAUCAACCCCAACGCGCUUCAUUACAAUGACUCGCCGAGCCUGAUGGGCGUCGACCCAUUGUCUCCCUUCCCCCACGGGCUUCCUGACAUGACAGGCGGCCAGCAUAUGGAUGAUAACUUUGACUGGCUACAAGGCUUUGAGCAGACAAUGUCCUUCAAUAACGAUCUGCACGACCAUGCCAUUGACCGCUCCUCGCCUUCAGCCAUCAGCACUGCCAGCCAGAGCGGCAUCAGCGACGUAAUGGUGGAUGGAUCGAACCACCGCGCUCCCGCUGUGGAGACGAGCUCGAUCUGGCAGGGCAGUAUAAUGGGGCCCCCGCAAAUGCCCAACUCGUUUUCUCUCGGCGACAUGGGCAAUACCGUAUUCCCCGACCUCUUGACCGGGGUUCCCCUAUCGCCGCAGCCCGCUCCGUCCAGCAAGAGUAUGGGGGAUGCCUACUUUUCGACACCACCGUCCUCAAUGAACUCGCUAAGUCCCAACAUGUUCUCGGGCCUCAAUGGUCAAAACAUGAACAAUGCACUGAACAAUUUCGGUGCCGGCCCGGAGACGCCGUCGUCGAUGAAUGGUAGUACUCAUGGCACCUUACCCGUCUCGACAAUCACUGAUUCAACAAGACAUGCCAUCCUAGGUGCCCUGACGGCCUCCCAGGCUUCCCAGUUCGGAGCUCGAAGAUACUCGUACGCGACAACCAGCUCCCCGUUGUCGACACAAUCACCGACGACAGCCACCACCACCACCGAGCUCCCCAACACCCUCCCCAACACCCACGAUCUCCAACGAUACGUCAGUGCUUAUUUGCGAUAUUUCCACCCACAUCUGCCGUUCCUCCACAUACCGACGCUCUCCUUCGACGUUCCCACGCUUUCGGUUAACGGGCAGGACAAUGGUAUUGGCGGGAGCGGUUGCCUUCUCCUCUCGAUGGCGGCUAUUGGUGCCCUCUACGAGAUGCAGCAGCAGAUAUCGAUGGAGAUGUUCGGUAUGGCCAAAAAGAUGAUUCAAUUAUACCUUGAUGAGAGAAGAAAAGCAAACGUAAGGAAGGCAGAUUUCCGGCGACCUUCCAUGUCGGAGCACACUUUACAGCAGCAGGAAAACCCGAUCGAAACGCCCGUCUGGCUUGUUCAAGCUAUGCUCCUCAACGUAAUUUAUGGCCACAAUUGCGGCGACAAACGGUCCGGCGAAAUUGCGUCAACCCACGCUGCCGCGCUGGUAAGUCUGGCCCAAGGAGCCGAGCUGCUGAACCCGAUCAGGAUCGAGCCCAGCGUCGGUGUCGACAUGAUGGAUAUGGAUGGAAGCUGGAAUGCGGCAGAGGUGGAAUGGCUCCGCUGGAAGUCCAUGGAGGAGAGGAAGCGGACGCUCUAUACCGUGUUUAUUCUCUCUAGCCUUGUGGUAUCCGCUUAUAACCACACGCCAGCCUUGACCAACUCCGAGAUCUUCCUCGACCUCCCAUGUGAUGAAGAGUUCUUUGCUGCGGACUCGAGUCAAAUCUUCCAUGCCAAAGGUGGCGUCGCGGCCGCAAACCACAACCGGAUGACGUUUCACGAGGCUCUGGGGGCACUCCUCCAGAGGCAGAAACUGGCUUCAGGGUUGGCGGACGGCAACGACUUUUCCAACAGUAACCUUCCGAAGCCAAGCACGUUUGGUUGUCUGAUCCUCAUCAAUGCCCUGCACAAUUACAUCUGGGAAACUCGCCAACGCCACCAUAACAAGGUAUGGACGAAUGAAGAGACUGAAAAGAUGCAUCGACACAUUGAGCCUGCUCUUCGCGCGUGGAAAGCCGUAUGGGAGAGCAAUCCCCACCAUAGCCCAGAGCGUCCGAAUCCGUUUGGCAAGGGGCCGCUUGCCGCCGAUGCCAUUCCGUUGCUUGAUCUUGCCUACGUCCGUCUCUACGUCAACUUUUCUCGCGUCAAGGAGAAGUUUUGGCAGCGGGAUUGGGAUGGCAUGGCAGAGGAGCUGGCUCGCGGCUUUGAGAUAGUCCAACAUGCCGAGCUGACCCCAAUCGCUAGCAAUCCUGCAACAGAAGACGCGAACACGGCCACGCCUGAAGCCUUCCCCAAUCUGAGCCUCGGCCAGUCGCCACUCUCAAUUGCGAACAACCGGUCCGAUCCACGGAGGGAACGCCAUCUCAGAAAGGCAGGUUUCAUCGCGGCUGACUCGUUGCUCAAUGCGGACAAGUUCAAUGUAACGUUCGCCGAUGCGACCGCUCGCGAGCUGCCUGUGCAGUCAGCGAUCUGCACCUUUGAUUGCGCACAGGUGCUGGCUGAGUGGGUUGCCACUCUGCAAGACCGCGUUGGGCGAUACCUGGGGAUCCUCGGUCAGGACGAUGUUGACCUGAAAGAAGUGCCCGCGGUGGUUCUGCUGGAAGAGGAUGACAUCAAGCUGUUGGGCAAGAUCCAGGAGAUUAUCCAGCGGGCGGAGCUCAAGAUGAAUGCGGAUCAGACGUCUCAUGGUGCUAUCAAUGGCGACGGUGUCGACGGCGUCAAUGGCGUUCAGCGGGAUGAUCAUAUGGGUUAUGCGGCGAAGAUACUGCGCAUCACGGCCUAUCUCAUUGAGAAGGGCGCUGUGUGGCCGGUAACCCGUUUGAUCUCCUCUUGUCUCGAAACCCAUGCGAAUCACAUGCGCGCGCGCGCCGAGAAGUCCGUUACGGCAAUGGAAUAAACUGUCGACAAUGACAACAUCAGACACUGCUUGCUACAUCUUCGUAUUCAUUACGACGAAUAUCUUUCCGACAUACAUGUUUUCAUGAAUGCCCACAUCUUCAACUUUAACAGUACGGGAGCAACUUUUCGUCGACAUCUCAACAAGACUCGAGGGUUAACAGGACAAAUACGAGUCGAAUCUGGGAAACAAUCUGGGAGGUUCGGACAGGCCUAGAAAAAGGGCUUGUGAUUGAAAUGGGGCAUGGGGGAUUGGAACUGGGAAUGAUGGGAGGCCAUACCGUUGAUAUUUGAUGAAUUUUUCAAGAGACUUCUAACGAAGCGAUGACGGCGUUUGGGUUUGGUUUUGUGGUUCUAUGGUUCUCUGGU